AUUCCAUUGCCAUGGCAUGGUCUCGAAAAACACAAAUAUAAACAUGUCAUUUCCAAUUAGAGAGAUGCACCAUUGCAUUCUAUAUAACCAUCUAUUUGCUCUAUAAUAUUUGGCAUAACGAUCGAUUCCAAUGCCUUCGACCAUCCAAAAUCAUGGCGGGCGAGCUAAAAAGUAUCAUUACCAUCAUCAUGUUUCUAAUGAUGAUAACACAGACAACAUGGGAUGCAAUAUCGACUUCCAUCAAGUACAAAGAGGGGUUCAUGGCAUUGCCCGAUGGUCGCAUUAUUCAAAAACCUUUUGACUUUUGGGCGCGCGAACAUCAACAACCUAUCCAGGCGAUCGACUAUGUUGAAUGCGUGACCUUUUCUUUUCACACUGGCGUCUUCUUCUUGAUGCAGUGUUUCUGGAAUUAUCUCUCGAACAGUGUGGCUCGCAAGAGUUUCAUGGGUUCGUUUGAGUUCAAAUUCUAUAUUUUUUGGGCUAUGGGCAGUAUGGCCAUGUUUCCAAUUUUGCAAUGGGUGUAUCGAAACGACGAAUUGAAUCGAGAAAUUGUGCCCCAAUUGGCUUACGGUAUCGAAGUUUUAAUCACCGCUUUGCUGGGUGUACGGUCGCAUCUGAGAUUUCGCCGGAUCAUUGCCAUGACCCGUCGUGGCAACAAGAACGCAGCCAUCAUCAACAAACUAUCGUAUUUCAGAGACAUGAAUGUGAUGCUCGUAUUUACGCUGAUUAGUUACGGCGCUUCGUUCGUUAUCAUGUGCGUCGACGGCUUAACGCCAGCCAAGGUCAUCAGUCAGAACAAGUUUGCUUCAGAUGUCUUGAUCGCCAACGCCAACAUGUGUGUUGUUUUCCUCUGGCUCUUGUUCAUUUGUAUUUUCCAUCCACGACGACAGUACGCUACCAAUGUGGCCAUCAGUACGCGAAGCGAUUCGGAAAGCCAAUCGAUCCAACCGUCGAAAGGGUCGGAAAUGCUCGGAGAAGUUCAUCAUCCUCAUCAACAACAACAACGUUACAGCGGGCGUAUCACCAACUUUAUUGCUAGCAAUGACAUGCACCAAAGAAAACAACCGACAAUGACGAGUGGACCAGGCGAAACACUGUAUCCCAAGACCGUGGUGGACACGGCGACUCCUGCGGGCUUCAUGCGUCCCAUGUCUCCUGUGGCCGUCGAUUAUCCUCAGUCGCUCUACACAGAUACUUCGCCUUUGACCGAUUCCAGUGCCGGCCGACCUUUCUCUCCUCCCUCUUCCUCCACCUCAUUCCAGGCCAAGCCCGCCGAACGCAACGUCUCCAUCGAAGAUCCAUAUACAAGCGAACCCAUCACUUUCUCCAUGAUCGAUCCCACCAUACACUAUCCGAGCGAACGACGUCCUUCCUCUCCUCACUCUACCACCCUUCGUCCGCAAGAACAUGACGCCGUAGAAAUUCCUAUGCACACCAUCCAGUCUUUACAUACGUUUGACGAACGACGGUCGCCGUUGCCUCCCGUUCCCAAUACGCCACCGUUCCGCCGCAAUGAUUCUCAAAGCCACGCUGCCAAUCCAAUGAAUCAUACCACUGAUCCAGCCGCAGCAGGGCAGCACGCCAUCACCACCAUCGAUCCUUCAUUACCAUCUCCUGCGGGCGGGAGCCGGGAUCGCAUGGUCCGUGAUUGGCUUUGGCAAUCCCCUGAUAGAAGACUCUAAUAUUUUUGGCAUACCCUUUCACAAAUCAAACCUUAAUAAUUGUUGCUGGUCUUCAUCUAAGUCUAAAAUGAUUAUAACUGGAUCCAUCAUGGUAUUUUUUUAAUACAUAUCCAAACACGUUCUAUG